CCUUGGGCCUCGCCGGGUGUGGAAUUCAAGAAUGGACAAGCAGUCUGUCACAGCUUGUUUUGUGGUGAUACUUGUGCUCUUAGGAAGCAGUAUGAGUGCAGAGAUCUGUGAGAGAACGGGCAAUAUAUUGACCAUAUGCACCAAUUCUAUCUGCGCGCGGCUCUGUCAUCUGGAUGCAGAGGCAUCUAAGAGAAAACUCGCGCAUUACUCGUGCGCUGGGACGGUCUUCAGCUUUUGCAACUGCAAAGUUUGCACCAUUUUAUAGAAGUUGGAUAGACAUUUACUAUGCCAAGUGCACUUGAAGUGUUGAUUUAAUAAUUGGGCACUUUGUAUCCUGGAGUCGCAUAGUUAUGUUUGGAAGUGAUAAUAAUAUGUCUAGUCUCAGCGAAAGGCGAAAUUCAUAGAGUUAUUACUCCCUUCAAUCCAUAUCGCUGUCCGUUUGAACGACUAGUAAUAUGGCUAGCAGCUCCAAUGGCGAAUUC